AUGUCAAGUGUUAGUUGUAAUCAAACAAACGUCCAACAACCACAACAUAUUUUCCCAACCACAAUUGCAACGCCGGGUAAAAUGCCUAAAUAUCCUCACAUACAACCCCAUCCCAUUGCGGAGGAUGGUAAAAACCGCAAAGUGACGCGUUCUCAACCCUAUAAUGCCGAUCAGUCGCAACAUUCGGUCAUGAGACGUAAUGCCCGUGAACGUAAUCGUGUCAAACAAGUGAACAAUAGUUUCGCCCGUCUGCGCCAGCACAUUCCACAGACCAUCAUUGCCGAUCUAACUAAAGGUGGCGGUCGGGGACCCCAGAAAAAGAUCAGUAAAGUUGAUACCCUGCGAAUUGCUGUCGAGUAUAUACGACGUCUUGAAGAUCUCCUAGAUGAUUUGAAUGGUGGUGUAAGUUCUUCCAACGAGCAAUACGAUUUGCAAACAAACAACUCGAAUUGUGACACAGCCAGUAAUAGUUCCUUCAGUUCGUCGUCAAGUUCGUCAUCGGCUUCCUCGACCUAUAAUGCUGCCAGCCAAACAACUCCAGUGUAUUAUACGCCACAAUCCACCAGUCCAUUGCCUUCCCUGAUGGAUGUGAAUUUGGCAGGUCAUUUGAAUCCGUACAGCAGCAGUACAACUUUACUAUCGCCGGUAUCAAUGAAUUCCUAUUCUCCUCAGCACAAUGCCGGCUAUGAGAACAAUGGCUGUCAUUCACCCACCUCGUCAUUCAAUUCAUCAAAUCUCUCCUAUGAAGCGGUGGCGGCUAGCUUUGAACAACAGCAGCAAUCCUUGGCAGAUUUACCCACUCAACAGCAGCAGCAACAUCAUCCUCAUCAUCAGCAACAACAACAACCGCACCACCACCAAAUUUCUGCCGAUGCUGCUACCUUGGCUUUUGUUACUAAUAUCCAGCUGAAAUUCGAGCCCUAUGACAAUUUCACUUUGGACGAAGAGGAUUGCACACCGGAUGAUGAAGAAAUUUUAGAUUACAUUUCACUGUGGCAGGAACAGUAAAAACAAAACACAAAAUCUUAAAAAAGAAAUCAUAUUCAAGACUGCAGGAUUUAAAAGAAAAACAGACACAUAAAUAUCAGGGAUUUUUUUGUUCAAAACUUUAAAGCGCCAAGGCAAAAGCAAAUAUUUAAAAACAAUUUGUUUUUGUCGUUUGUAAAUCUAGUCAAAUAUUUUUUUUAUUUUAAAAUGAGUGUGCGUGUACAACUUAAUUCUCAAGUGCCUAAUUAAUAUUUUUGUAUAAAUUUAAAAUGUAAAUAUUUAGUGUAAUUUUUUUCAAAUUAUUUUAUUUUUAAACUAAGGAAGACAUUGAUUAAAAAAAAAAAACAAAAUCUAGUUGUAAAUUUUAUUUUUAAUCCAUGGAAGACACUAAACUAUUUUUUCUUAAAUUAAGAAUAAAAUGUUAAUUAGUUUUUAAGUUUAUAAACAAAAAGAAAAAUAAUUUAAUUAAAAAACAAACAAAUGAAAAUU